GAGCCAGCGACGCGGGGCGGGGAAGGCAGAAGGGCGUUCCGAGGAGCUGGCCCUCGCUCGGAGGAGCUGCUCCCCGCGGACCGGCGCUUUCCCGGCCGGCCGGGCCAGUUUCGUUUCCCGCUGGCUCCUCCUCCGCCUCCGCCCGCCCCCUUCGCUGUGCCGCUGGUGCGGAUCGCCGCUCCCGGCGCCCGGCUCGCUGCUCCCUGCUCCCGGCUCUCUGCUCGCUGCUCCCGGUUCCCGGCUCGCUGCUCCCGGCUCGCUGCUCCCGGCUCCCGGCGAUGCUGGGGCGCUGCGCCCCGGGCUCCCCGGGCCCCCGGUCCGCGGUGCGCGCCCUGCCGCCCUCCGCCAGCGCCCUCCGCCAGCGCCUGCGCCAGUGUGCAGAACGGAUCCCAGAGGCUGAGGCAGUACUCGACCUGCUGGAGAAAUGCCCAGAGCACCAAAAAAAGGGAUCUUUUCCCGUCAUAGUUUUUGAGGGCCUGGAUGCCACAGGCAAAACCACAGUGACCCAGGCUGUUAAGGACACCCUGAAUGGCAUCCUGCUGCGGUCCCCACCACCCUGCAUCAGCCAGUGGAGGACUGUAUUUGAUGAUGAGAGAACACCCAUUAAAAGAGCAUUUUAUGCUGCGGGCAACUACAUUCUGGCUUCAGAGAUAGCAAAAGCAUCCACUCAGGCACCUGUGAUCAUAGACAGAUACUGGCACAGCACAGCUGCCUAUGCAAUUGCCACUGAAACAAGUGGGGAAGUCCAGGAUCUUCCACCAGCUCAAGAUGAGGUGUAUCAGUGGCCUGAAGAUCUGCUUAAACCUGAUCUUGUGCUUCUCCUGACUGUUGAUCCUGAAGAACGAGUCCGGAGACUUCAGCAUCGGGGGCUGGAGAAAACAAAGGAGGAAGCUGAGUUGGAAGCUAACAGCUCGUUUCGCCAAAGAGUUGAGGAGUCAUACAGAAGGAUGGUGAAUCCUGCAUGCCAAGAGGUUGAUGCCAGUCCCUCCAAAGAAGAGGUUCUCAAGACUGUUCUACAACUAAUUAAGAAACACUGUGCUUUUUGAAAGCAACUUUUGUGUAGUAGCACUUAAAAGAUACUUUUUACUGCCCCACUGUUUUGGUACCUGAAAAUGUACAGUGAUUUGUUUUGUCUCACAGAAAUACUGAAUACGGUUUUAUUCUGUCAGCAGUAAUCUGUGCAGGUUAUCUGUUUUGUGGUUGCUACUCUACUUUUCUGUAUAAGGCAAAAUACAGAAAAGUAGUACUCAAAUCAUUCAGCAUUCUUUGUAAAGAAACAGACAUACUACAGUCAUGCAUGAAGUGCCUCAGAAUGCUUUCUGACACCAGGACAUUUUGAGACCCUAUCAUAUUGCAUCUUCUUCACCAGGAGAACCUAUUCCUCAAUCCAUUGUGUGCCAAAAUUUGCUGCACUGCAUCAGGAGCAUUAGAUGCCCAAGGAGAGGCUAAAAUAUCAUAAGCACUAAAACCAUAAAAUAAUUGUAACAUUUAGGAACAGAAAGUCCAGUACCCAGUGUUGAGGGUUUUUUUUGGUAUAGAGGAUGUGCAGCUGUUGCUAUGAUGGGCAUCGUGGAAAAAAUGUGUUGUAAAUGAGUGCCAGUAAACACCAAGGGCUCUAAGUAAUAAAGUCCAAGCCUGUUUAUAUAUUCAAAUGAAAUAUCUAUGUAUAUGAAUAUUUUCAGAGGGAGCCCAGACGAUGCCAGCAAAUGAGAAACAGAGACCUGAAGAGAACCUGAAACUAAAAACUUAUAAAUGAUCACUAAAAUAUUUUUUACAAAACUUUUUUUUAUCCUAUUAAUAUUUGUUAAUGAGAACUAAUAUUCUUUUGAGAGAAUGUGAAAUGAAAAACCACAGAGAUUCUGAGCAAUGGGAAUGAUUGUAACUUUUGAGUUAAGCUUUUCUUUCUUACGUGGGUGUUCAAACAGGUUGAAUGUGAACGCAGAGACUUCAGGUCUGCAAAAGCUUAUUUUUAUGCACAUUAGUUGAACUCCUAAGUGUAAAACUAAACAUAUGGAUAAGCCUUUGUGAGGUCAGAAAUAAACCCGCAGUUCCAGAAAAAGAUCUUAAAAUGUAAAUUUGAUUUAAAACACUUUUACUUACUUUCCUGUUUUAAGCAAGUGCAAUUAUCAAUGAAUCUAUCUUCUAAAUAAUAAUAUACUCAGUACUGUAGUUCCUAUGUCCAGUCUGUAUAUACAAGGUGAUAGAAAGAAAAACUUCUAAAAAAUACAUUUUAUUCAUGCACUGUUUAAUGGUUUUGAGUAUGCUAUUAAUAUAUUAUAUAAGUUAUACAUUCUAUAAA